CCGAGUGCGCGACGGCUCCGAUCCUUGUCUCGAACCUCUCGUUACGUUCGCUCGGUGGUGAUAUAUGCCCGUAGUUGUACGUGGCUGAUUAAGUUGGUGAUUAGUCCGGUGAUUAACGGACCGUGGGGGCCAGUGCAACGACGCGCCAGUGAACCGGAUGCCCGGAGUACGAGAGGCGGCCGACGAUCGGCCAGCGGAAUGCCCACGUUAGGUCCCGGCUAGAGGGCAGCUCGCGCAGCCGCACCGUGGUAGACAAGUGACGAUGGACAGGCGCGAAAGGUGUCCCGCGAUAGAGACGAGGAACAUGGCGCCGGUUGUGGAUCGCGUGAAUCGCGGGAGGAUGCAGUGAUCGGUGUGACCUACCGACCAGUGGAUCGACGGGAGGACGAUGCAUCACUCCGGAGGUACCGGGUACGGGACCGGGCCCCAGGAGCGAGUGCACCAAGCGCCGCGAACUACCGGCCAACCUGACAAGUGUCCCUACGAGACCUACCAGGCCCAGAUACCGGAUUGCUGUGCAGCUGCCGCUGCGGUCCAGGAUCCGUAUCCACGACCACCGAGCGGAUAUGACGGCAGGUGCUACGAUGAGUGUCAUCGCAGGACUCCCUAUCAGGAAGACACCUAUCCCCAGGAUGUACCUCCGACUUUUCAUCGGCCCCAGUCCAGGCUGGGAUACGAGGAGCGUCCCCAAUCUCGUGUGGGAUAUACCUCGGAUUCCAGGUGUGCCAGUGGGCUCGGGUACGACGACACUGGCGGAGGCUACCUUGACCAGAGUGAUCCGAGGAUGUAUUGUACCAGCGGUUAUUGCAUGGGGGAUACCAUGAUGGCUACCAGCAGAGGUGUCUGCGGCGAGGAGGUCGAGCUAGACAUGCGGAGGCACAUUCAGGCAUGUGCCUGCACCUGCAACCACAUGGGCUACGGGAAUUACAUGGACUAUCAGACGACGUGCCUAACAGAACUGCCAGACGUGGCACCGUGCAACGGCACAGUGCGACUGCCACCGCCCUGCGAAGACUCCCCUAGCAGCGGAAGCAGCAAAGAUUGCAGGGAAGAAAGUCCUCGUAGAAGAUGCCGUGUCUUAGCGCCAAUCCUGUUGCUAGUUGCGGCUCUGCUUCUCGGAGGACUUUGUCUACCGUUACUUCUACAAUCCGCGCCUGUUACACACCAGCAAAGGCUGGACGUGAUCAGGAGGAUUCUCACUGAAGUGCCUCUGAUCGAUGGGCACAACGAUUUGCCCUGGAACGUCAGAAAGUUCGUACACAAUCAGCUCGGCGAGGUUAAUCUGAGCAGCGACCUCGGCAGGGUUGAUCCUUGGGCCAGAUCAACCUGGAGUCACACAGACAUUCCUAGAUUACGUGCCGGUCUUGUCGGUGCACAGUUUUGGUCCGCCUACGUUCCAUGCGGUGCAGCUCAGCUGAAUGCAGUUCAGCUUUCCUUGGAACAAAUCGACGUGAUCCGCCGACUGGCCGAGAUGAAUGCUCAACAUUUAACUUUGGUUACCUCCGUCAAAGGUCUUAUCGAGGCGCAUCGAGAAGGCAAAAUCGCAAGUCUUAUCGGAGUGGAAGGUGGUCACUCCCUGGGGAAUUCCUUGGGUGUUCUCAGGACAUUUUACGGCCUGGGCGCGAGAUACCUUACCUUGACGCAUGCCUGCGAUACUUCCUGGGCAGUCUGUUCAGUUCGCGAGACGAACAAUACCCAGGACACGACGCCAGGCCUCAGUGAGUUUGGAAAGGCAGUUGUCAGGGAGCUAAACAGACUGGGGAUGCUAGUGGACCUCUCUCAUGUCUCGACAAGGACUAUGAGGGCGGCCUUGCAGACGACGAGGGCACCGGUGAUUUUCUCUCACAGUGCUGCCAGGGCACUCUGCAAUUCCACUAGAAACGUGCCAGACGACGUGCUCAGAAAUCUGGCUAAAAACGGGGGAGUGGCAAUGGUUCCGUUUUAUACAUUCUUCAUAACGUGCAACAGCACCGCCACCAUAAAAGAUGUUAUUGCACACAUCAAUCACAUUCGAAAGGUGGCGGGGAUCGAUCACGUUGGAAUAGGAGCCGGCUUCGACGGGAUAAAUUUUACUCCCACCGGUUUGGAGGACGUAUCGAGGUAUCCUCAAUUGUUGGCAACGCUCCUGGAAGACCCGACAUGGACGGAGGAGGACAUUAAAAAAUUAGCUGGCCUCAAUUUACUGAGGGUAUUUGCUAAAGUCGAGGAGGUACGGGACGAAUGGCACAGGGCAGCAGUUUUGCCAGUGGAGAAGAUCAGUCCGCCUGACAACUCUGCCUGCGUCUACGGAGCAUCUUGAUCUUCUUUGAGGACGUCCGCAGCCGGAUCCCUCGAUUUUGUACGAUCGCCGAAGGUUCGGCACGUAUCACGGAACUAUAGGACCUUGUAAACGUGCGAGCUGGAUCAACUGAAAGAUCACUUUUUCCCUGAUAGAAUCUUUUCGACUUUUCCGGGGAGUUCAAUCGCGCCUUAUGAAACAUGAAAAAUCGUGCGAAGAUGAAAGAUCCAUCUGUGAAACUGAUAAGGGCGAGACUGUGGAAAAAUCAAUCGCUGUCAGGACCUGGUUCCGGUUUUCUCGAGACCGUAUUUUCUUAUUAUACAAAUUUCUCGCGUGCUUAUGCAACAGAAAUCACGAUGAUUCAUUUGUCCUCGUUGAUUUCUGCGGGACACGUGCUGGCCGAGAAAAGAUUUCGUUUCCAGUAGCAAACCGCUGAUUUAGGUUUCGUUCGUUGUAGCAGACGCGAAAGCAGUUAGGAACGAGCGUAAACCGUGAUUAUUUCCGAUGCAUGAGUUGUGAACGAAUUUUGGAGGGGCAUAGUUUCCAGAAUCUGUGCUGUGCUUACGACGAUUUCCGUUGAAAUUCUAUUGUGCGAAUACCGAGCUGGUCCUGAGAACGAGAUGAUAAUGCAUAAUAAUUUUAAACGUAAGAAAAGCGUUCCUAAAUGAAUAACUCGUAUUGACGCGGACAAUCGAGGCGGCCAAAAAUGCUUGCACGAGAAGAAUAUAUUUCGAGCGAGAGCAUUCGUGGAAACGUAUUCUCUCGGUAAUCUCGACCGAAAUCCA